AUUAUUUUUAUUUCCUUCUGAAAAAGAAAAAUAGAAAAAGAAAAAAAGUUUUUUAAAAAAAUAAAGAAAAAAAAAAAGAAAAACCGCUGCUUGGUGCGGGCAAAUUUGAAACCAGCAGGAACAAGAGUCAGCUGAGAGUGGGUGGAUCUGGAUGAGACGCGAAAUUGUAAUUGGGAUUCCAGAUUCGUCGGUUGCACUUGCGAGUUGCAAUUGAAUAGUAAAAGCGUUGUUUUACAAUCAGAUCAGAUCAGAUCGGGGGAGAAAUGCUACGGCUGAGGGCAUUUCGAGCGACGAAUGAGAAGAUAGUGAAGAUAGCGGUGCAUCCGACGCAUCCAUGGUUGGUAACCGCCGAUGCCUCCGAUCAUGUCUCCGUUUGGAACUGGGAACAUCGCCAGGUCAUUUACGAGCUCAAGGCCGGUGGGGUCGACCAGAGACGUCUUGUUGGUGCCAAAUUGGAGAAGCUUGCUGAGGGCGAAUCUGAGCCCAAAGGGAAACCUACAGAGGCCAUCCGCGGAGGGAGUGUUAAGCAGGUGACCUUUUUCGAUGACGACGUGAGGUUUUGGCAGCUUUGGCGCAACCGUUCUGCGGCUGCGGAGGCUCCCACUGCUGUCAAUCAUCUUACUUCUGCUUUUGCUUCUCCGGCUCCAUCAACAAAAGGGCGGCAUUUUCUUGUCAUUUGCUGUGAAAAUAAAGCCAUCUUUUUGGACUUGGUUACAAUGCGUGGCCGUGAUGUACCCAAACAAGAGCUUGACAACAAGUCUCUUCUCUGUCUGGAGUUCCUCUCUAGGUCGUCUGCUGGUGACAGUCCUCUUGUUGCUUUUGGUGGAUCAGAUGGUGUUAUUAGGGUUCUUUCAAUGAUAACAUGGAAGCUUGUAAGAAGAUACACCGGGGGUCAUAAAGGAUCAAUUUCUUGUUUGAUGACUUUCAUGGCUUCUUCUGGUGAGGCACUUCUUGCUUCAGGUGCUAGUGAUGGUUUACUUAUACUUUGGAGUGCAGACCAUGGUCAAGAUUCACGAGAACUUGUACCAAAGCUAAGCUUGAAGGCACAUGAUGGUGGAGUUGUUGCUGUAGAGCUUUCUAGAGUGAUUGGGGGCACUCCCCAACUUAUUACAAUUGGUGCAGACAAGACAUUGGCUAUAUGGGACACCAUCUCUUUUAAGGAGUUACGGCGAAUUAAACCUGUUCCAAAACUUGCGUGUCAUAGCGUGGUAUCUUGGUGUCAUCCUCGAGCUCCUAACCUUGAUAUUUUGACUUGUGUCAAAGAUUCCUAUAUAUGGGCUAUUGAGCAUCCAACAUAUUCAGCACUUACAAGACCAUUGUGUGAUCUGUCUUCACUUGUUCCUCAAGUAGUUGCACCGAACAAGAAACUUAGGGUUUAUUGCAUGGUUGCACAUCCUUUACAGCCUCAUCUUGUUGCUACUGGGACCAAUAUUGGUAUUAUAGUUAGUGAAUUUGAUGCUAGAUCUCUUCCUCCUGUAGUUCCUCUCCUGACACCACCUGGGAGUCGAGAGCAUUCCGCUGUCUACAUUGUUGAAAGGGAAUUGAAGCUGUUAAACUUUCAGCUGUCCAACACAGCAAAUCCAUCACUUGGAAAUAAUGGCUCCUUAUCUGAAACAGGAAAGCUGAAGGGAGAUUCAUUUGAACCAUUGCAUGUGAAGCAGAUUAAAAAGCACAUUAGUACACCUGUUCCACAUGAUUCAUAUUCAGUUCUUUCUGUAAGCAUUUCUGGAAAGUAUCUUGCAAUUGUGUGGCCCGAUAUUCCUUAUUUCUCAAUUUACAAGGUUAGCGAUUGGUCCAUUGUUGAUUCAGGAAGUGCAAGGCUUCUGGCUUGGGAUACAUGUUGUGACAGAUUUGCUAUAUUGGAAUCAGCAUUACCUCCAAGAAUGCCCAUUCUCCCCAAGGGCAGUUCAUCAAGAAAAGCUAAAGAAGCAGCUGCUGCUGCAGCUCAGGCUGCAGCAGCAGCUGCUACUGCUGCUUCUGCUAAUGUUCAAGUUCGCAUUUUGCUGGAUGAUGGAACAUCAAACAUAUUAAUGAGGUCCAUAGGUAGCCGAAGUGAACCGGUCAUUGGCCUGCAUGGAGGGGCACUACUUGGUGUUGCCUAUCGAACAUCUCGUAGGAUUAGUCCCGGUUCUGCAACAGCUAUAUCAACAAUUCAGUCUAUGCCUUUGUCAGGAUUUGGAAGUAGCGGCUCUUUUGCUACUUUUGAUGAUGGAUUCUCUUCUAAUAGAUCUCCUUCUGAGGCAGUGCCUCAAAACUUUCAGCUUUUCAGUUGGGAAACUUUUCAACCAGUUGGUGGUCUUCUCCCUCAACCGGAGUGGACUGCAUGGGACCAAACUGUUGAGUAUUGUGCUUUUGCUUAUCAGCAUUAUAUUGUCAUCUCUUCAUUGCGUCCCCAGUAUAGAUACCUUGGAGAUGUUGCAAUUGCCUAUGCCACUGGAGCUGUUUGGCAACGGAGACAAUUGUUUGUGGCAACACCAACUACUAUUGAAUGUGUUUUUGUUGAUGCUGGAGUUGCACCCAUGGACAUAGAAACAAGAAAGAUGAAAGAAGAGAUGAAACUAAAAGAGGCACAGACAAGAGCAGUUGCUGAGCAUGGAGAGUUGGCUCUAAUCACCGUAGAUGGUCCCCAAACUGCUACACAAGAAAGAAUAACAUUGAGGCCACCUAUUCUACAGGUGGUCCGAUUAGCUUCUUUCCAGCAUGCUCCUUCUGUGCCACCUUUCUUGUCGUUGCCAAAACAAUCUAAAGUUGAUGGGGAUGAUGCAACAAUGCUAAAAGAGAUGGAAGAAAGAAAGGUUAAUGAGUUAGCUGUCGGUGGUGGAGGGGUUUCAGUAGCAGUUACUCGUUUUCCAACUGAGCAAAAACGACCAGUGGGACCACUAAUUGUGGUUGGCGUAAGAGAUGGAGUCCUCUGGCUCAUUGAUAGGUACAUGACUGCACAUGCCUUAUCCCUGAGCCAUCCUGGCAUUCGUUGUCGGUGUCUCGCUGCUUAUGGAGAUGCUGUUAGUGCUGUGAAAUGGGCAACUCGGCUUGGCAGAGAGCAUCAUGAUGAUUUAGCACAAUUUAUGCUUGGAAUGGGCUACGCCACUGAAGCACUUCAUUUACCUGGCAUAUCUAAGAGGCUGGAGUUUGAUUUAGCUAUGAAGAGUAAUGAUUUGAAAAGAGCUCUACAGUGUCUUCUGACAAUGAGCAACAGCAGGGACAUAGGACAGGAUAAUCCAGGGCUUGAUUUGAAUGAUAUUCUCAAUUUAACGGCUAAAAAGGAAAAUCUUGUUGAGGCUGUUCAAGGAAUAGUAAAGUUCGCGAAUGAGUUUUUGGAGCUUAUUGAUGCUGCUGAUGCUACUGCCCAGGCUGACAUUGCCCGUGAAGCUCUUAAAAGGUUAGCUACUGCAGGUUCAGUGAAGGGAUCUUUACAGGGUCACGAGUUAAGAGGACUUGCUCUUCGCCUUGCAAAUCAUGGAGAGUUGACACGCCUGAGUGGUUUAGUAAAUAACUUGAUCUCCCUUGGAUUGGGGCGUGAGGCAGCAUUUUCAGCCGCGGUGUUGGGAGACAAUGCUCUUAUGGAGAAGGCAUGGCAGGAUACUGGGAUGCUUGCAGAGGCUGUGCUACAUGCACAUGCUCAUGGGCGACCGACAUUGAAGAACUUGGUUGAGGCUUGGAACCGAGUGUUACAGAAGGAGGUGGAGCACACUCCAUCAGCAAAAACAGAUGCUACAGCUGCAUUUCUGGCUUCUCUUGAGGAUCCCAAACUUACAAGUUUGUCAGAGGCAGGGAAGAAACCUCCAAUUGAAAUCCUUCCUCCUGGGAUGUCAGCACUUUCUGCUUCAAUUACUGUUAAGAAAAAACCAGCUCCUGUGACUCACUCUUCACAGCAACAACCAGGCAAACCAUUGGCAUUAGAAGCACCACCUCCUAGUGGACCAGCUGAAGCACCAAUAGGUGCACCACCUCCCAGUGCAUCUGCUGCAGCAGCAGGCACACCAAUAGGAGCACCACCUCCAGGUGCACCAGCAGCAACACCAGGCACACCAAUAGGAGCACCACCUUCUGGUGCACCAGCUGCAGCACCAAUAGGUGCACCACCCACAUCAAAAGCUAGUGAACCUGCUUUGGAUGAUAAAGCUCCUAGUUCAUCAGCAGGGAGUAAUCCGGAUAUGAUUGCUUCAGCAGAAAGUAAUCCAGCAGUAACCGCAAGUGACACACCAGCACCAGAUGCAACUGUGGCAGAUAAACCAUUGGCAGAGGUACCAACUGUGAUACCAGAUAACCAGGAAACAAGUGUUCCAACUACAUUGCUAACAAGUGAACCACUUGCUUAACUCAAUUGGGAGUAGUUCUUUUGAAUCCAGGAAUUGUAAUUUGAUUUCAUUCGUCAAAUGAACUGUUGUGAUCUCAAAUUUGAUGGGAAAAAGAGCGGGAGUCAUUUUUGUGAAGGCAUGGUUGUGAAUAUAUUUGAUAAUUUGUCUGGAGUUUGGAGCAAGGGGGAGAAGGAAUACCUUUUAGUGGAUUUUGGUUUUGGCUUGCUCAAAAGCGGUAAGUAGGGAUUAUUCUUGUUAGUGGUUGGAUUUAAUCAAAUAGAGCCAACUCGUGCCCAGAGCUCAUGUGGUGCAACUGAUGCUAGCUCUAUUUCCAUGCUAAGACGAAAAGCUCAGGAGCUGACCUUAAAAGUCGUGUAUGUUGUAGGAUAGAUAGGAGAAUUGUGUUGUGAGUGCGGCUGAGCAUUGAUUGAAGUUAAUUGUGUUUUGAAUUUUUGUUGGGAAUGUAUAUGAAGUGUAGAGCAUGCGAAAUGAUGAUGUUAUUUCAAUAAGAAUAAGAUAGAGAGGCACUUAUGUCUUAAUUAAACUCUUGGGGGCACCAUUCA